AUGGCAGGAAAGAAGAUCAUCGUCGUUUUCGGUGCCACAGGCGCUCAGGGUGGCGGAGUUGUUAAAACGUUUCUCAACGACCCGGUUUUGAAGUCUGACUGGACUGUGCGUGCUGUGACACGCGAUCCGUCAAAGGAGAGCGCCAAAAAGCUCGAGCAGCAAGGGGCCGAAGUUGUCUCAGCCAACCUUGACGACAAAGCCUCUCUCUUGAAGGUUUUGAAUGGUGCUACCGCAGCUUUCGCAGUUACCAAUUACUGGGAGAAAGUCAACAUGGAAUCUGAAAUUCAGCAAGGCAAAAAUGUUGUCAACGCAGCGAAGAAUCUUCUCAUCCAUGACAUAAUCUUGUUUACUAAGUCUCACACAAAACCUCGUGCAGUGACCAAUGGAAAGCUCCCACAUGUUUACCACUUUGAUGGAAAAGCCGAGGUCGAGAAGUACGCCCGCGAAGUUGGAGUCCCAGCCACAUUCUUUCUUCCGGGCAUUUACAUGGACAACAUCACGAACCAAAUGUUCCGAUUCAACCCAGAGCACGACACAUGGGUCAUGGCGGCGCCCUUGCCUGAAACCGCCCAGAUCCCGCUGUUUGACCCCGCCAACACUGGCAUCUGGGUGAAGGCCAUCAUCCGCAAGCGAGACCAACUUCUUGGCAAGCGAGUCUUUGGUGCAACCAAGUACUCCACCCCGACUGAGAUCGUCGAAGAUUUCAGGCAGACUUUCCCAGAGGCAGGGAAGACAGUGUCCUUCUUCCAGCUUCCCGAUGAGAUGUUCCGACAAGCGGCAAAGGAUGCUAUGGGUGUACCCGAUUGGCUUGCUCAAGGUAUCCUCGAGAACAUGAAGGUUAUUUACGAAGGAGGCUACUACGGUUUCAAGUCAUUGGACGAGAGCCUGGCAAUCCUUGAAGACAAGCCGACACAGUGGGUGGACUUCAUGAAGAAGUCUCCCGUUUUCGAGGACUUGAAAUAG